GUCUGUGUCCACCCGAGCGGUUGCCCCUCCGGCUGCGUGUCUGGGGGGCUGUCGCGCACCCAUCGGAGGGGCUGUGUGCAGGUACUGGCCCAGGCCCUGACUCCCUGAAGAGAGAUGAAGAAACCGAGAUUCAGAGAGCUUCAGAUACUCGCCCGAGGUCACGCGGCUAGUCUCUCCGCCCACUCCCCUCACCUGCCCACUGCACCAUGGCCCCAGGCCCCUCCUCCUCGGCGCUCCUCUUGCCGCCACCGGCUGCGUUACCCUUCCUGCUGCUGCUCUGGGCAGGGGCCUCUCGAGGCCAGCCCUGCCCGGGCCGCUGCAUCUGCCAGAACGUGGCGCCCACGCUGACCAUGCUGUGUGCCAAGACGGGCUUGCUCUUCGUGCCGCCGGCCAUCGACCGGCGCGUCGUGGAGCUGCGGCUCACGGACAACUUCAUUGCGGCAGUCCGCCGCCGUGACUUCGCCAAUAUGACCAGCCUGGUGCACCUCACCCUCUCCCGGAACACCAUCGGCCAGGUGGCGGCUGGCGCCUUCGCCGACCUUCGCGCCCUCCGUGCCCUGCACCUGGACAGCAACCGCCUAGCCGAGGUGCGUGGCGACCAGCUCCGCGGCCUGGGCAACCUCCGCCACCUGAUCCUGGGCAACAACCAGAUCCGCCGGGUCGAGUCGGCUGCCUUCGACGCCUUCCUGGCCACCGUGGAGGACCUGGAUCUGUCGUACAAUAACCUGGAGGCCCUGCCCUGGGAGGCGGUGGGCCAGAUGGUGAACUUGAACACCCUCACGCUGGACCACAACCUCAUCGACCACAUAGCCGAGGGCACCUUCGUGCAGCUGCACAAACUGGUCCGCCUGGACAUGACCUCCAACCGCCUCCAUAAACUCCCGCCCGACGGGCUCUUCCUGCGCUCGCAGGGCGCUGGGCCCCGGCCGCCCACGCCCCUGGCCGUCAGCUUCGGCGGGAACCCGCUGCACUGCAAUUGCGAGCUUCUGUGGCUGCGCCGGCUGACCAGGGAGGACGACCUGGAGACGUGCGCCACCCCGGAGCACCUGACCGAUCGCUACUUCUGGUCCAUCCCGGAGGAGGAGUUUCUGUGCGAGCCUCCGCUGAUCACGCGGCAGGCCGGCGGCCGUGCCCUGGUGGUGGAGGGCCAGGCUGUCAGCCUGCGCUGCCGGGCGGUGGGGGACCCUGAGCCGGUGGUCCACUGGGUGGCCCCUGAUGGACGACUGCUGGGGAACUCCAGCCGGACCCGGGUCCGGGGGGACGGGACGCUGGAUGUCACCAUCACCACCUUGCGGGACAGUGGCACGUUCACGUGCAUCGCCUCCAACGCCGCUGGGGAGGCCACGGCGCCCGUGGAGGUGUGCGUGGUGCCGCUGCCCCUGAUGGCACCCCCGCCGGCUGCUCCGCCCCCUCUCACGGAGCCCGGCUCCUCGGACAUCGCCACGCCCGGCCGGCCUGGUGCCAAUGACUCGGCCACGGAGCGCCGGCUGGUGGCCGCCGAGCUGACCUCAAACUCUGCGCUCAUCCGCUGGCCAGCCCAGAGGCCCGUGCCUGGCAUCCGCAUGUACCAGGUGCAGUACAACAGCUCGGCCGACGACUCCCUCGUCUACAGGAUGAUCCCGUCCACCAGCCAGACCUUCCUGGUGAAUGAUCUGGCGGCCGGCCGUGCCUACGACCUGUGCGUGCUGGCUGUCUAUGAUGAUGGGGCCACGGCGCUGCCGGCCACGCGCGUGGUGGGCUGCGUGCAGUUCACCACCGCUGGGGACCCGGCACCCUGCCGCCCGCUGCGAGCCCAUUUCCUCGGCGGCACCAUGAUCAUCGCCAUCGGGGGCGUCAUCGUGGCCUCCGUCCUCGUCUUCAUCGUCCUGCUCAUGAUCCGCUACAAGGUCUACGGCGACGGGGACGGCCGCCGCGUUAAGGGCACCUCCAGGUCGCCCCCGAGGGUCAGCCGCUCUGCGUGA